AUCCGAACAACCGUGAAGUAAUACACAGAACGGAACGUGAAAAUUGUUCAUUGUGUAUUACCUACCCGACUUUUCUAUUUAUACCAGCAAAAAGUUUAAAAACAUUUAUGCAGUCCGACGGGGAGGAAACUUUGCUGCAUUCAUGCUUCGGCUCUCUAAAGACCGCAGUCAUGGGUUGCUGUUAUAGUAUUUGCCACAAGGAAACGGAUCCGGAGGAGAACGUAGUGAACGAACGGACGCAUCUUCUAGAAGUGGCGGAACAGCAGCAGGAGAGUCCAUCACCGGUGGCGUGCGCUGCCACACCACCCAGAAAGCCUGACGAGCAAAGUGCCCUCAACAGGAUCCUGCAUGAAACCGCCACUAACGUGAUAGACGUGGGCGCGUUGGGCCCGUACGCGCUGGAAGCGAGCGCGUACAACGAGCGCGUGCGCACGUACACGGCGCGCGCGGCCGCCGCCCCGCCGCCGCCGCCGCGCGCGCCGCGCCUGCUGGCCGACCUGCCGCCCGCGCAGCGCGCCGCCGCGCUCGCGCUCCCGCCGCACGCCGCAGACAGAGACCUGAUAACGAAUGCAGUGAAGAAAGCUGCGGCAGCCAUAUCGGAGCUGAGGGUGGAACAUCACGAGGACCUGGUGGUGCCCUUCAGGGUGCCCUAGCAGCGUUCCAUGUCGGAAGACGACCGACAUUGACUUUGGUGACAAUCGACAAAUGACAUUGUCGGGGAAAGUGUUAAUGUCAGUGAAUAAGUGUUCAGUAAAUAGUGAAAUCAGUGAGUUUAUAAAUAUAAAAAUAAUUAUGGAACUCUUAAAUAUGAAAUGUGUUUUUUUCCAACUAAUAUGUGAAAGAAGAAAAAUGUUUUGUUUAGUAAAUCGGCAAAUAUUAGAGGAAUCACUAUAAAACUAAAAUUGGGUAACUCCUAUUUUUAGUAAUCUUUUUUAUUAUUACUAAAUAUCUACACUUCGAACUGUUCACACAAGUCUUUUAGUUUAGAUUUAUGGAAAAUCUUAACUAAGGGACUUCUCUAGUAUGUUUAUUGAAUUGCCCAGUUUUCUCUAAUAUAUGUGCGGGUAACAUAUUUGUUGAGAAAUAUAAGAUUUUUUCUUUCUAUUAUCUGUAUAAAUGUGAGUUUUUACUACUGAAGUGGAAAAAAACUUGAAACUCAACAUUGGAUAUUAUUUUUUUUGUACAAAUGCUUCAGUAGUUAA